AUGUUCUUGUGGAUCUUUUUCAAUGGGUUUCUCCUGAUACCCAAUCUUGUGGUUGCCUAUAGCACUGAUGAGUGCUACUAUAAAAUCAAGGAAGACUUUCACCAAGAAGGCGAUGUGGUGAUUGGUGUAUUUUUCCCUCUUCAUAUAUACUACACAGGCAUGAAAUUUUCACAUGCAUAUCUGCCACACUAUUUGAAAGACUUCCUCAUGCAGUAUAAUUUUAGAAACUACCAGUUUCUUCUGGCUCUAGUCUUUGCUGUUGAAGAGAUCAACAAGAAUCCAUACCUUCUACCAAACAUAUCUCUGGGGUUUGAUUUCUAUAAUGUCCCAUACAAUGAUAUUCAAAUUCUUAUGAAUGCUGCUAUUUGGCUCACAGGGCUGAGCAAUCCCCUCUCUAAUUACAACUGUAAAAAGGAGAACAAGGCAGCUGCUGUGCUCACAGGAACAUCAUGGACAACAUCUGCCCACAUAGGGACACUCCUGCAACUCUACAAAUUCCCACAGAUUACUUUUGGGCCUUUUGAUCCUAUAUUGAGCAACCAAGGACAGUUUUCUUCAUUGUACCAGAUGUCUCCCAAAGACACAUUUCUGUCCCAUGCCAUUGUCUCUUUGAUGGUUCAUUUCCACUGGACCUGGGUUGGUCUGCUCCUCCCUGAUGACCACAGAGGGACAAAUAUUCUGUCAGAUUUAAGAGAAAAGUUUCAGAGUAGUAGAGUAUGCAUGGCUUUUGUAGAAAUGAUCCCAGGCACCUGGAAUUCAUUUUCCAAUAAAUUUUGGAAAAAUCUGGAAAAGAUACGAGAAUCACUGGCCAAUGUAAUCAUUAUUUAUGGUGACACUGAUUCUCUUCAAGGAUUAAUGCGAAAUCUAGGGCAACAGUAUUUUACACAGAAGGUCUGGGUUAUGAAUUCUCAAUGGGAUGCAACAAACCACGCUGAAUAUUUUAUGCUAGACUCUUUCCAUGGGAGUUUCAUUUUUGAACACCACUAUGAAGAAAUGAUUGAGUUCACCAAUUUUAUUAGAAGAGUUAAUCCAUAUAAAUACCCAGAAGACAAUUACCUUCCCAAAUUGUGGCAUUUGUUCUUUAAGUGCCGAUUUUCUGAGCUUGAUUGUCAACUUUUAGAGAUAUGCCAACCCAAUGCUUCCUUGGAAUUCUUGCCUAGACACAUUUUUAAUACAGCCAUGAAUGAAGAGAGCUUCAAUAUAUAUAAAGCUGUGUAUGCUGUGGCCAAAAGUCUUCAUGAGAUGAGUCUUCAACAAGUACAAUUACAGCCACAUGCAAAUGGGAUGACAAUGGUGUUUUUCCCUUGGCAGCUUCACCAUUUCCUGAGGAAGAUUAUUGUGGAAGACAACACAAGUUUAGAUUGGAAACAGAAAUCAGAUGCUGAGUAUGACAUUCUCAACUUUUGGAAUUUUCCCAAGGGUCUUGGAUUAAAGGUGAAAGUAGGAACGUUUUCCUCAAAUACUGCCCAACAUCAACAGUUGUCUUUACAUGAGCAGAUGAUACAAUGGCCAGAAAAAUUUUCAGAGAUUCCUCCUUCUGUUUGCAAUGAGAGAUGUGGACCUGGAUUCAGGAAAGUUGCCCUGGAGGGCAAGGCUGUCUGCUGCUAUGAUUGCACUUCUUGUCCAGACAAUGAGAUUUCCAAUGAGACAGAUGUGGAUCAGUGUAUGAAGUGUCCAGAAAAUCAUUUUGCCAACAGAGGGAAGAACCACUGUCUCCAGAAAGCUGUCAGUUUUCUAGCUCAUGAAGACCCCCUAGGGAUGAUUCUCACCUGUAUAGCCCUGUGCUUCUCUGCACUCACAGUUGUGGUUCUUGGCGUCUUUGUAAAGCACAAAGAUACUCCCAUUGUGAAGGCAAACAACCGGUCCCUCAGUUACAUCUUGCUGAUUGCACUCACCAUCUGUUUCCUCUGUUCUUUGCUCUUCAUUGGCCGUCCCAACACUGUUACCUGUAUCCUGCAGCAGACCACAUUUGGAGGUGCAUUCACUGUGGUUCUUGCCACUGUCUUGGCCAAAGCUAUUACUGUGGUCAUUGCCUUCAGGAUCACAUUUCCAGGGAGAGUGGUGAGGUGGUUAAUAAUAUCAAGAGCCCCAAACUUCAUCAUCCCCUUUUGUUCCAUCAUCCAACUUAUUCUCUGUUGCAUAUGGCUAGGAAUCUCCCCACCCUACAUUGACCAAGAUGCUCAUGCUGAAUAUGGGCAUGUCAUCAUUGUGUGCAACAAGGGCUCAGCUAUUGCUUUCCAUUGUGUUCUGGGAUAUCUCUGCUCCUUGGCACUAGGAAGUUACAUCAUGGCCUUCUUGUCCAGAAAUCUGCCUGACACAUUCAAUGAAGCAAAAUUCUUGUCAUUCAGCAUGCUGGUGUUCUUCUGUGUUUGGGUCACAUUCCUCCCAGUCUACCACAGCACAAAGGGGAAGGUCAUGGUGGCUAUGGAAGUCUUCUCUAUCUUGGCUUCUAGUGCAGCAAUUCUUGGCUUCAUCUUUGCCCCAAAGUGCUACAUUAUCUUGUUAAAACCAGAUAAAAACUCUCUUCAAUAUAUGAGGGAGAGAAACCACCCCAGAAGAAAUAAGUCUCUCAAAACCUAG